AUGUUGGAGGGCGUGCUGGCUACGGUCUUGAAUACCUUUUUGUCCGCCUAUGUGGACAAUCUGAAUACCAGCCAACUCAAUGUCGGGAUCUGGAGCGGUGAUGUAAAGCUCAAGAAUCUUCGACUGAAGCGCACAGCGCUGGACAAAUUCCGCCUCCCGGUCGACGUGAAGGAGGGCUACUUGGGCCAGCUCACGCUGUAUAUCCCAUGGUCCAAUCUCAAAGGAAAGCCGGUACGCGUCCUUGUCGAGAACGUGUCGCUGCUCGCUGCGCCGCGCGUGACGAGUGUUGAGGUCGAUGAGGAGGAGGAAGAGGAGCGCGCGCAAGCCCUGAAGCAGGCCAAGCUUCAGGAGGCCGAGUUACUCGCCCAGGGCCUGCCCAACAAAGGCGACGACAAGCAGGCCGAGUCGUUCAUUUCUUCGCUCGUUACCAAGAUCGUGGACAACGUGCAGAUUACAGUGCGCAAUAUCCAUGUGCGCUACGAGGACUCGAUCUCGAAUCCCCAGUUCCCUUUCUCGAUCGGUCUCACGCUUGCCGAACUCUCGGCGGUGUCCACCGACGAGAACUGGGAGCCGACCUUUGUGACGAACAGCGCUUUUGGGAUUCAUAAGCUCGCACGGCUCGACUCGCUGUCGAUGUACUGGAACACGGAUACGCAGUUCCUCUCGACGAGCAAUCCAGAGGAGCUGCAGGAGAAGCUCAAUGCUCUGAUUCCGACCAAGGACCAGGUGCCGGAGCACCAGUACAUCCUCGAGCCAGUGUCGGGUGCAGGCAAGCUCAUCAUGCGCCGCAAUGCGACCAAGGAUCAGCCUGCGAUGGACGCCCAGCUCGCGUUCGACCAGAUCGGUUUCACGCUCGACGACGAACAGUACAGGGAUGGCCUAUGCGUCGUGGACCUCUUUCAUUUCUACACGCGCCAGGCGCAGUACCGCAGUUUCCGCCCAACGGCUGCCGAGAUUGAGAAGAACAAGCCCCAGGCGCUAUUCAAGUUUGCCGCGCGCGCGAUUGCCAACGAGGUGCAUCAGAAGCGCCGCGUAUGGACAUGGGACUACUUCAAGGAGCGUCGCGACGCUCGCCAAGAGUAUAUCAAGCUGUUCAAGGAAGUCGAGGAGCGAAAGGCGGCUGCCAAGUCCAACCAAGCGCCGUCCGAGGCAUCAAAUGCGCUCAAGCUCCUCGAGAACAAACUCGAGUACCGCGACAUCCGCCUUUACCGCUCCAUUGCGCGCCGCGAGAUGCGCAAGGAACGCGCGCAGAAGGAGGCGGAAAAAGCGCCCGCCAAGGACCAGCUCGCCGAAUCAGGCGAGGCACAGGCGCAGCCGGCGCCGUCGCGCGGCUGGUUCGGCUGGAUUUGGGGCUCCAGCGGCGAAAAUACAAACAAGGAAGCGGACCAAGGCACGACGCUCAACACCGAGCAGCGGAAAGAGCUGUACGAUGCUAUUGAAUGGGACGAGACGACGGGUACCUCGCUCUUGAUGCAGCUCGACGAUCUGCCGCCGGAAGCUGUGAAAAUGCACGUCACUGCGAAGCUGAAUCGCGGCUUUCUCCAGCUGCGUGACCACACGACAAAGCACAACAUCUUGUCGCUCAUCUUUGACACGCUCCAGGGCGAGGUAAACCAGCGGGCGAACAACUUUGACGUCUCGGCCUCGCUCGGAGCACUCUGCGUCAUGGACGGCACUUCGGCGCACUCCAAGUACCCCCAGAUCGUGCAUGUCAAGGGCGAGGACGAAGGCGAGCUCAGCUCGACGGAGCUCACAGACCAGAUGCAAAAGGAGAGCGAUCCCUCGAAUCCCUUCUUUUUCAUUCAGUUUGAGCACAACCCGCUCGACGGCCGUGCGGACAAUGCACUGAAACUCACGAUGCGCUCGAUGGAGAUCAUCUAUCACCGCUCGUACGUUGAGUCAGUGAUGCGCUUCUUCAAGCCGCCCGACAGCGAGCUCGAGCUGAUUGGCGCGCUGCUCGACGUGGCGAGCGAGACGCUCGAAGGGAUUCGGAAGGAGACGCGUAUCGGUCUGGAGAAUGCCCUCGAGAACCACAAGACGGUCGACGUCUCGCUGGAUGUCCAGGCGCCGAUCAUUGUCUUGCCGGAAGACGUCACGACGCGCGACUCGCAGCAUGUCGUCUUGGAUGCCGGCCACGUUGCUGUCCGUUCGCUCCUGGCCGAUCCGCAGGCUCUGAAUGCGAUCCGUGCCAAGCACAGCCGGCAGUACACCGACGAGGACUAUCGUCAGCUCGAGGAUAUGAUGUACGACCGGUACUUUAUCAAGCUUGAGUCGGCGCAGCUCGUCCUGGGCGGCGACUACGACGCGAGUAUGAAGAGCAUCCAGGGCGAAAAGCACACCGAUCUGCACCUUUUGGAGCGCAUCAACCUCUCCUUUACGCUGCACAGCUCUAUUCUGCCCCGCGCGCCGAACCUGACCAAGUGCAAGCUCACAGGUAACCUCCCGAACCUCAACAUCCACUUCUCGGACCGCAAGUAUCAGACGCUCAUGCGGGUGAUCGAUGUCAGCAUUCCGCACUUCGACGAUGCAGGCACGAAGACAACCGCCGCACCGGCACCCCACAGUGAUAACACGCCGUUUGACCUUGUGCAAGCGCGCCGUGAGCGCUUUGCCAAGCAGCUGCGUGGCGAAGAAGAUGCGGCAGUCCUUGACGAGUACGGCAGCAGCGAGAGUGAUACAAGCUCAGUGAGCGGAGACGUCGGCGAUCAGUUCCACGAGUCGGAGGUGCGGUCGCCCGACAAGCUCGGCGCGCAGCAAAAGACAUUCGAGUUCGCGCUGAUUGUCGACAAGGUGCAAGGCACGAUCAGCAAAUCGUCGCUCGAUCCCGCGCAGCCCGACCAGCUCUUGGUAGAGGCCGUCUUCCAGCACUUCCGCCUCGGCGUGUCGGUGCUGCCGUACCAGCUUCAGGUGGAUGUCAACCUCGGGUCGCUAGAUCUUGUCGACAAGAUCGUGAAGCAGGCGCCCAUGUUCCAACACAUGAUCACGUCGCGCUCUCUUGAGUCGAUUACCGGCAAAGGGCCCGCGACCGAGGGUGUCGAUGCACACGAUCUCGUCUCGGUACGCUACGUGCAGGUUUCGAAAGAGUCGCCCGACUACCUCGAGGAGUACGACGGUAUUGACCAGUCGAUCCUCGUCGAUCUCUCGACCAUCAACCUCAUGCUCACGCGCGUCACAGUGCUUGCCGUGUACGACUGGAUCAUGCUUACCUUUGUGCCGAAAAACAAGGAAGAGUCGCCCGAGAGCAAGGCGGUCGUCACGCACGAGCCCGAGGCUAAGACCGAGGAUGCACAGCACAAGCUGCGCAUCAAAGUCAAGCUGUCAUCUAUUCAGCUGCGCCUGAACGACGACGGCUCGCUGCUCAGCACGCUGACACUGUCGACGGCGGAUAUUGCGAUCCUCCUCCGCCAAAACUCGAUGCGUGUCGCGACGCGCCUCGGCUCCCUCUCGCUCAAGGACGAGCAGGAGCGUGUGCGUGCGAGCCCCGAGUUUGCGAAUCUGUUAUCGAUCGAGGGCGAGGAGCUCGCCGACUUUGCGCUCGAAACGUUUGACGAGAAUGACCCCAAGUACCCCGGCUACGACACCUCGCUCUGGCUGCGCUGUGGCGCGGUCAAGGUCGUGUUUGUGAGCGAAGCGGUGCGUGAUCUGCUGUCCUUCUUUAGCCGGUUUGCACAGAUGAAGGCCGUCUACGAUGCCGCAUCGUCUGCCGCAUCGGCACAGGCGUCGCAGCUGCAGGCGUCGCAGAGCAAGGUCAAGUACGACAUGCUCGUCAAGAGUCCGAUCGUCCUGCUGCCGAUGGACGUCGGCAAGCUUGAUAUGCUAACGGCGCAUCUCGGUGAGCUGUACGUGCACAACGCAUUUUCGAAGGUCGACCGUCGCCUGCAGAUGUCGCUCGAGGCAGGCCUGCGCGAAAUCCGCCUCGACUCACGCAUCGUCACCGAAGGGAAGAGCAACGACUUGCGCAUGCUUGACGAUGUCCACAUCGAUGUGAACGUCACGCAGUCCGACCCGCUCCCCGCGGGCAAGAGCGAGGAGAAAGCAGACACGGCCAAGUCUAGUGCACACAAGGACGUGCCCAAGUCCAGUUCGCCCAAGGCCAAGUCGAGUGAUGCGAAGGACUCUUCCGAGCCACCUGCACUGCACAAGGACUCGGACGCAGACUCCUCGUCCGACGAAGAAGAGCUGCCGGAGCCGACGUCGGAGACGGACCGCUCGCUGCGCCACCUGCAGUUCGCCGCGUCAAUGUCCGACAUCAACUUGACGCUGACGCAGCCGCAGUACGCGCUGGCGUUUGGUCUGCUGCGCGCGGCGCCGGGUGCCUUUAACCUCCCCAGCGACGAGCAGGAGCUGCCGGAAGGCGCUGCGCCGCUCAUGCUGACUGGCCCCGAGGAGAAGGCCACUGCCGCCCAGGUCCAAGCGGCGGCGCAGCCUACGCCUGCGCCCGGCGUGCCGACGCUGGUACACGGCCACUUUUCCGUGCACAAUGUCAACUUGGACCUCUUUGACGAGACGGCGACGACCACCGAGUCGCUCGAGAAGAGCAAGCUUUUCCGCUUCACGCUGAGCGAGACGUUGCUCAAGAUGCACCAGCACCCCACGACCGGCCUGGAGGCCGAACUGAGUCUACAGACGUUCUCUGCGACCGAUACGCGCCCCAGCCGUGAGACGCACUUCCGCGAGGUCAUCCCUGCGAUCUCGCACGACGGCAAGCAGUUCAUCCUGAACUACACCGUGUCGCCGAACAACGAUGCCCUGGCGAUCGUGACGCUCGACAGCCCCAAGUUCAUCUUUUCGCUGAGCCCUCUCUUUGCCUUGAUCCAGUUUGUGACGAGUGGCAUGGAGAGCGAGUCGAGCGGCGACGGCGACAGCGGCAAGAGUGCCACGGUUGCGCCGUCUGGAAUGACACGUCGCAGCUCGCGCGCACCGUCGCCGCCUGCGGCUGAAGAGGCGCCGAGCAGCUCGUUGGCAUUCCGUGUGAACAUUGUCGAGCCUCGCAUCAUCCUGCUCUCGUCGCCAGAGCGUGCUGACUCGGAGGCGAUUGUGCUGCUGGUGCGCCAGGUUGUCAUCUCGAAGCAGACCGUGCUCGUCCUUUCCGUGACGCAGCUUGGCAUCUUUGUCUGGCGCAUGAAUGCGCCGAAAGACCGUCAGCGUCUGCUGAACAAUGUCGACGUGUCGCUCUCGAUGGACUCGCGCAUCACUGCUUCGGGCCCCAUUACGAGCAUCGAGGUCGAGGUCGAGCCGCUGCUUGUGCGCCUCACGCGCUCGGAUAUUAUGCUGAUCUCGAGCGUGGCCUCGAACGCGAUUGCACUCUCGGCACAGUCGAACGAUGAGUCGGCGCCCAAGACGGUGCAAACCGCGGGCGCUACGCACGCCUCGACAAUCACGCAAGACGUAUCGACGGAGCCUGCCUCGGACGAGCCGGAAGCGGAGGUUGAGACGGAUGCGAAUGCGCAGCUGCUUGCGACGCGUGAAGAACUCGUCGUGCACAUUGCCGGCGUGCAAGUCAUGCUGAUCAGCGAAGCGCACAUGCUCCCGAUCCUUGACCUGCGUCUGAACGCGUGUGACGUCAACAUUAUCGAUUGGUCGGCCGAUCUGCGCGUUCACUCGACGUGGAACCUGUGGCUGAACAACUUCAAUCUUUCGUCGUCGUACUGGGAGCCACUGCUCGAGCCAUGGGUGCUGGAUAUCCGCUACGAGAAGCACACGGCGCCCCCCAGCUCGACCUUUACGCUCUCGUCGGAGCGCCGCCUAGAGGUGAAUGUUGCUGCAACGAUGGUCGAAACGACCAACAACAUGCUGCAGCUCCUCGACAAGGACAACAACCUCCGCGAGGACGUGCGGCACAUGGCGCCUUUCCGCAUCCGCAACCGCACCGGCUACAAGCUGAGCGUCUGGUCGGAGCAGGACGCCUCUGCGCCGGCCACCCGUGCCGGUGCGCAUCGCAUCGACGACGGCCGCGAAAUUCCGUGGGUCUUCGGCGACUGGAAGUCGCUGCGUGAAAACCCGCUGGAAGUGUCGUACAACCGCCUCGGCGUGCACAUUGAUGACAUGCCCUGGGAGCGCGUGCGCCAUGUAAACGUCGACCGUGAAGGCGAGUUUAUCAUGACGCUGCGUCCCAAGCUGAACAAGGUGAGCCACCGCCUGCUGUGCGACGUGACGCUGGAGAACAACGUCAAGAUCAUCACCUUCCGCUCGACCUUCCGCGUGGACAAUCGCGCGCUGAUCCCCAUCGAAAUCGGUGUCGUGAACGAGGAUGGCGAGGUGGGCGAGACGAUUCUCCGCAUUGCGCCCGGCACGGACAAUGCGCUGCCGAUCUGCGAGGCGUACUACUCCAAGGUGCGCAUCCGCCCAGACCCCGGCUUUGGCUACAACUGGUCGACGCACGCGAUCGGUUGGCAGGAGCUCAUGUACUCCUCGACGCACAAGUUCGAGUGCCCGGCGAUGACCAAGGGCGAGGCGCCCUUCCUCUUCCAAGGCUUUGCGAUUCGCGACUUGAAGAGUGCGUCGCAGCGCAACUACCCCAAGUUGACGCUCGCGCUGCGUGCCCCGGUCGAAGUCGAGAAUCUGCUGCCGUUCGACGUGCAGUACCGCCUCUUUGACAAGAACCUCAACCACAACUGGUCGAGCUUCUUGCGCAAGGGUGGCGUGUCGCCCGUGCAUGUCGUCCAGCUCGAGCAUCUCUUGUUGCUGAGCAUCGAGCUUGAAAACUCGCCGUACUCCCCCAGCGAGUUUGCAAUCAUUGCGUCGGACAACCCCGACGACUUCCAGGUGGAGCAUGUCUUGUCGCUGGCGGACAAGUCGAACCUCAAACUCGACUUGCGGCUGCACUACCACACCUUCCCCGAGUCGGGUGGUGCAUUCAAGGUGCAGAUCUACGCGCCGUACAUCUUCCUCAACCAGAGUCAGCUGCCGGUGGCGAUCAAGGCACGCCCUUGGGCGGGCCACACCCGUCAGAUCGCCGGUCAGGAGGUCGGCAAAGGCGACGAGCCGACGGGCCCUGCCGUCUGCAAGCCCUUCCUCCUGUCGCGCUUCCAAGAGCGCCGCAACCGCUUCGUGGUGCGCGUUGGCGACUCGGUGUGGUCGAAGCCGCUGUCGUUUGACGUGAUCGGUUCGGAAGUCGAAGUGACCAUCCAGUCGUCCAACGGCGACCGCGAAGCGCACUUUGGUCUCAAUGUCGAGGACGGUCUGGGCAAGUUCAAGCUGUCCAAGGUGAUCAAGCUCACGCCGCGUUACAUGGUGCACAACUAUCUCUCUGAGCCCAUCCAGCUCGCCGAGUCGGUCGGUGGCGAGCACUUUGAGGUCGCGCCCGGCAAGCUGCUGCCCCUUCACUGGCUGCAUGUGAACUCGACCAAGCAUGCCAAGUUCAAGUACGCCGACAAGGAGGCCGCGUGGACCGCGCCGUUCAGCAUCGACAACAUUGGCAAUGUCUUUUUGCGUGCUGCGCGUCCCGGUUCGCCACAGCACCUGAUCCUUGUGGAAGUGCAGAUGAACGGACCGGUGAUCUUUAUCCAGGUGCGUCUCGCUACCGGCCCGUGGCCAUUCCUGCUGCGCAACGAAACCGAACACACGGUGACGUUUAUGCAGAGCUCGGUGGCCGGCGACAAUGCGCGCUCGCGCCGCGCGGUCGAGCGCGACGAAGGCCCCGAUGCCUCGCUGAAGCGCUACGUGCUCAAGCCGCGCAGCAAGAUGAAGUACGCCUGGGACUACCCUGCGGACCCCGACAAGUACAUACGCCUUGUGAUCAACGGCCGCGAGCGUGUGAUCAACAUCCUCGAGAUCGGUUCGCUGCUUCCCUUCCGCUUCCCCAGUGCCGAAGGCAGCAGCACGAGCGUUGUCUCGCUCGAUGUGCGUGCGGAUGGCGAGGCGCAAACGCUCGUCAUCUCCGACUAUUCCGAGUCGCAGAGCAACUUUAAGCUCACGCAGAAUGCCGCGCGCAACGACAACCGUGACGCUGGCUUUGAGGCGGUGGAUGUUGACACGACCAUUGUCUUUGCAUUCAAGAUCCAGCUUGCUGGUGUUGGUGUGUCGCUCAUCUCGAGCAAGGUGGUGGAGAUUGCGUACUGUACCUUCCGUGGCCUUGAGCUGACCUACUCUGAGUCGCAAGUGACCACAGCAGUGAAUGUGAUCUGCAAGUGGAUCCAGAUCGACAACCAGAUGUACGGCAGCAUCUUCCCGAUUGUGCUCUACCCCACGGUCGUGCCCAAGGAUGGCAAAGAGCUCGACGUGCACCCCACGCUGCAAGCCAGUGUGAUCCGUCUGAAAGACGAGACGCACGGUGUGCAGCACAUCAAGUACGCCUCGGUCCUCCUUCAGGAGCUUACGACGGAGCUCGACGAAAACUUCCUGUUUGCCGUGUACGACUUUGUGCGUUUCAGCAGCUCUAUUUCUGCGCGCAGCUCGGACGAGACCGAGUACAUCGAGCACGCCGACGACAUCCCCGAGCCGACAGACGCGGUGGUGCGCCAGGACGAGAUCUACAUUGAGAUUUUGCAUUUGCAGCCCAUCGCGUUGAACUUGUCGUUUAUGGCCACGGACCGUGUGGACGUGGACGACACGGAGAGUUCGCGUACGCUCUUCCUCUUCAUCUUCAAUGCGUUGACGAUGGCGCUUGGCAAUGUGAACGAGGCGCCUGUGCGCCUCAAUGCGCUCGUCAUUGAAAACGUGCGUGUUUCCAUGUCGGUGCUGCAGCAGCGCGUUGCGUACCACUACGGCCAAGAGUUCCUCUUCCAAGUGCACCGUAUCCUUGGCUCUGCCGACUUCCUCGGCAACCCUGUCGGUCUCUUUAACAAUGUGAGCUCCGGCGUGGCGGACAUCUUCUACGAGCCCUACUAUGGUCUUGUGAUGCACGGCAACCGCGAGUUGGGCUUCGGCAUUGCGCGUGGUGCGAGUAAUUUUGUGAAGAAGACCGUCUUUGGUGUGAGCGACAGUGUGUCGAAGCUCACUGGCUCCAUCUCCAAAGGUCUCGCCGCCGUGACGAUGGACCGCGAGUUCCAGAACCGCUGGCGCGUGACGCACAUGCGCAACAAGCCGCGCCAUGCUCUGUACGGCAUCACGACCGGUGCGAACUCGCUCUUUACGAGUGUCACGAGCGGUAUCGAGGGCCUUGCGCUGCGUCCCCUCGAAGGCGCAGAACAGAAUGGCGCAUCCGGCUUUGUGCAGGGCAUUGGCCGUGGCUUGGUCGGUGCGAUCACCAAGCCCGCUGCCGGUUUCUUUGACAUGGCGAGCAAUGUGACCGAGGGUCUGCGAAACACGACGCUGGUCUUUGAGCAGAACGACAUUGACCGCGUGCGUCUCCCCCGCUACAUUGCCGGCGACCGCAUUAUCCGGCCCUAUUCCGAGCGCGAGGCGCUCGGCCAGAUGUGGCUGUACAAUCUGGACCAGGGCCGCGUGAUGCAGGACCAUUAUAUUGCACACGUUGAUACCCCCGGCCCCGCCGGUGGAUCGACGAUCAUGCUCACCGAGCACCGUAUUCUCUACAUUCGCACGGCCAAGCUGAAAGUGCUGUGGGAGGUCGUUUGGCCCGACCUUUCUACGAUUUCACUCGAAAGCAGUGGCAUUUCGCUCGUGCUCCGUGGCGGUGUCAUGGGCCCUUUCCUUCCUAUUUCGGAAGCGAGUACGCGCCUGUGGCUCUUUAAGCAAAUCUCGGGCGUGGUCCAAAAGUACAAUACCGCCCACGCGUAG